CACCCCAAGCCUUCGGCAGAGGCGGCGGGGCUGAGCCGCGCAGGGGCUGGGGUUAGGACCGGCCUCGGCCUCGGCGCUCUCUGCCCGGGCGUCGCCUCACCUCGCCGGGCCGCGGCUCCAAUAGGCCGCGCCGGGCGAUCGCCGCACCUCGCUGGGGACCGGAGAGGAGGGCGCGGCGGGGCCCGCACACGGUGGGGUGGGGUGGGGGACUCUGCGAGUUAAGCCCCCCUUCCUCCCUCCCCAGACCAUCAGCUCUCUCUGGGCGGGAUCCCCAACCCAGACGGAGCUCCCUGCCCACCCUCGGGGGACCUGCCGGGGCCCGCAAGCCCGCGGCGCGGGGGCUCGGCCGCCCGGCGGUGGCGGUAGCGGUGGAGGCGGCGGCGCGAGCUCCGCUUCCCGGCUAGCCUCGGAGCCCAUGGCGGGCAGCGACGCGGACGGAGCGGGGUCGGCUCGGGGACCCGGGGCGGCGCGGCGUCCGGGCCCCCCCGGCGGCGGGUCGGGCAGCCCGGCGGCGGCCGCCACCCGGUGCCCGGAGGAGCCGCUGUCCACCGCUGAAGCUCGGGGCGAGGGCACGGCGCUGCCCGCCUGGAUGCGCCUCUACUUCUACGGGAUGCACGGCGUCGCCCUGGACGUGCUGGUGUCCUGGGCGCGGGGCUUCGCGCGCAGCCCGGACCCGCGGAUGCUCGGCUUCUCCUCGCCCUACCGCUGCCUGCUGCACUCGCUCACGCACCUGGCGCUCGAGCGGCUCUACCUGCAGCGGCCGCGCUGCCCCAGCGCCGGCGUCUUCGAUUUCCUGCUCUUCCCCUCGGCCCACGUGGGGCUGCAGACCCUGGCGGGCCAGGCGCCGCUGCUGGGCCCGGGAGGCGGCGGGGAGCCGGGGCCGCUGGACCUGGCGCUGGCGCUGGCCCUGCACUACGCGCUGGCGCUCUACCACUGCCAAGUCUUCCUGAAGCGGUUCCUGCGCCUGCGAUACCGGAGGCACCGGCGACCCCGGCCGCCGCCGCCCGGUGACAGCGGGAGACGACGCCCGCGGGGUCCCGGCGGCCCCGGGGGAGCCCCGGGCCAGGGCCUGCCCGACCUGCCGCGCUUCCUUUUCUUCGGGAUGCAUGGUUUCCUGGAUGAGAUCUUCUUCACUUUCUUCUUCAACGUGCUGGGCCCGGGGGGCAGGGUCACCACCAGCGGCCACACGUCGCUCUGGUCCUUCUUGAUGUACGGCAGCUGCAGCUUCGUGGUGGAGAAGCUCUACUUCCACCUGCACUACCGCCGCGGGUGGGGCGCGUGGAGGCGGGUGCCCCUCUACGUGGUUGUCAUCUACGUGUGGGAGCUGACCUGGGGGCUGGGGCUUCGCGCCUGGGGGGCUUGUUCCUGGGAUUACUCGCACUAUCCACUCAAUUUCAUGGGCCUCAUCACCCUGAUGUAUUUACCCGGUUGGAUCUUCCUUAGCCUGUACCAGGACCUCCUCUCCAACGUGCUGUGGCAGGUGCACUACGUUGCAGCUAAAUGAGACCAAAGGGCGAGAAGGAAGGAGAGGAAAAGUCCACGGAAUCGCAGGAGUGAAGAUAGGCCACUUUCACACGUCGGACAUGGAGUGCAUGUCGUUUAAAAUCUUUGCGUGUUUUUUUUUAAUACACUUUGCUAAACACUUGUGAUAUGUUUCAUUGACUUUUUCUUUUUCUUUUUCCUCUCCUGACUCUUUGGAGCCUGUAGGUAGAAAAAAAAAAGUACUUUGAAACAGUACUCGAACAUAACUGAAGUAUUUCAUUCAUCAGGAAUUGUACAAGCUUUACAAGCUCUAACAGCAAAACCAUUAGACCUUAACGUGGGAAAGCUGUAGCAUCUAUGAUACUACAGGACAUAAGUGGAUGAUAGCUAAUUUUUAUAUAAGUUCUUUAAUUAAUUUUUAUAUAAGUUCUUCAAAUCAGAGAGCAGUGUGUUUUUUUUUUUUACAAGAUUCAGUGGCUUUUUUAACUUAUGAGUUGCUUUCUUUUUAAAUUAAUUUCAUUUUAAUGCUUGGACACAUUUACCACUUCUUAUAUUUAUGGACUGUUCUUAUUAAGGGCAGUUCGUAGCUCCUAAAGUGCCUCUGCCUAACACAGAAGU